AUGGUCUCCGCGGGCAAAGUGGGCUUUCUCGGCCUUCCCGAAACAUGCACUGGCGACCUUUGGCAUAAUGCUGCGGCUCAAAUCCUGUCCAAGCUUGACGGACGAGGAAUCCGAAUGGCACACGUCUCGAUCCGUGGGAUCGUUGCCAGAAUGAAAGAAGAAGGAGAGAGCGUGCAGCGCAUUCCGGAGCUGUUCAGUUAUCUGACGUCGCUCGGUCUCCCGUGUCUGCUGGUCAAGUUUGAUGUUGGCCGCGACACGGAAGAGCAGCUUUUUGAUGCGAUGCUUGACGUUGAUGCGAAUCCAUAUCGUCUCUUGUGGGAGGCCCAACAGCAGCGUGGAAGUCAAUCAUUUCAAGCUCUCUGGCCAAUUGCCCCAACGACCAACAGGAUGGGAACGUGCCUUGAACGCUACCUCAAGCAUCUUGAGCGCCCGGGCUUCGGGAUUGUCGCAAAUGAUCAAUUUCUGAAGGGUGUACUCCUUCAUGUGAAUCGCAAUUCAAUUGGAGUCUCUUGCAUUUCAGAGUGUGACUGCGAGUCGUUCAAGGGGAAUUGA